UCCACUGUCUCCUGUUUUUUAGUCUCGGGUCUUUUCAAAAAAGAGCCACACGUCUCAAUGUCCGACGGGCUAUGACAACGUCACUGCUUCUCCGGCCGCGCUGGAUUGACCCGGUCAUGUUUCUCUACGAUAACGGUGGAGGCUUGGACGACUCCAGCAAGAACAUGGAAGGGUUCACGGGAGGUAACUUCUCACCGAGUCCGUGCAGGAAUUUUAUGGCUCACACUGCGUCUCUUGCGCCCAGCGCUGCCUAUCCGUCAAGUGAAGUUGCUGCAGCAGGAGCCGGUGAGCCUGGAAAAAAAUGCAGCCCCUGCUCAGCCGUUCAGGGUUCAGCCAGCGCUUCACUCUCCUACGGGUAUUUCGGUGGCGGUGGGUACUAUCCUUGCCGAAUGUCCCACCAUCACGGGGGCAAUGGAGGUGUAAAGACAUGCACCCAAUCUCCCGCCUCUGCCUCACCUUACGGGGAAAAGUACAUGGACAUGUCCGCUUCUACAGGCGAAGAGUAUACCACCGCGCGCGCCAAGGAGUUCGCCUUUUACUCGAGCUAUUCCUCGAGUCCGUACCAGCCAGUUUCAAGCUACUUGGAUGUCCCCGUGGUCCAGGCAAUUAGCGGGCCUGCAGAACCCCGGCACGAGUCCCUGUUACCAAUGGAGAGUUACCAACCUUGGGCUAUCACGGCCAGUGGCUGGAACGGGCAGGUCUACUGCACCAAAGAACAGCCACAGACGGGACACAUGUGGAAGUCGUCAAUACCAGAAGCCGUGUCUCACGGAGGGGCAGAAGGCAGCUCUUUCCGACGCGGGAGGAAGAAACGCGUUCCAUACACCAAGAUGCAGCUUAAAGAGCUCGAACGAGAGUAUGCCGCCAACAAGUUCACCACCAAGGACAAACGGAGGCGGAUAUCCGCUCAGACCAACCUGUCUGAACGGCAGGUUACCAUCUGGUUCCAGAACCGACGGGUAAAGGAGAAAAAAGUAGUCAACAAAUUAAAAAUCAGCAGUUAGCUUUGCUAAACUGAAGGAAACAUCCUUAGGCCUGAUCGUAGCCUACCACACACUGAAAGUUAUGUGUUUCAGAGUUUUGAAAUUAUAGACGUUUUGACGAAUAUUUGGUUCUCUUGGACUUCUACUUUGAAGUGACUCUUUGGAUCGGACAGGGUUGAUGGUGACGCGGUGCGUCAUUUUUGUGUUGCACCAGGUGAAACGGUAUGGCUAUACUCACUGCUCAGGACAAAGAGGGCCAAAAGAUAACAAAAAUGUCUAUGGAGAGAAACAUUCUGAAUAUCGAAAUUAGGAAGCUGUAACUCCUUACAGCGGUCAGUCCUAUCUUCUCACCCAGUGUCGAUUUUAAACAAAGAUAUAUAUAUAUAUACACACACACACACACACACACGCGCGCACACACAAUUUGCUUGAAAUCACAAGUUUUCUUCCCCUCAUGCUGGAGAAUAUGAGGUAUGGACCCAGUAGUUUGUAAAGUUAAUUUACAAUCUGUGGUUAUAUUUGUGCCAA